CUCUGAGGAAAAUUAGCUCCACGUGGUAUAUGUGAAGUUAUUGUUUACUAUUUGACAGUUAAAUGGUUAAAUGAGUCGAACCGUAGCUAUAGCAGUUUCAAUCAUAAGAUGAAUCAGAUAUACAUGAUAUGAAAUAUGGAAGAUAUUAAGAAGAGAUUAGAAUUGAAGAAUUCACAUGUACAGAUAAAGACCCUCUGGAAGUUGUAUUCAGAUGUGUCAAAGAAAUCGAAGGAAAAUGGAGUAAUAAAGUCAUCAAAAUCGAAAGGUGCAGAAUUAAAACUGUUAUGGCAGAAGUGUAGUUCAGAUAACCAUGUAUUAUCCAGUACCGCAUGUCUAGUUUUAUUUGAAUUAGUUUGCAAUAAAUCAGUCGACUUUAACUAUGUAUACCAAAGCCUUAUCAAUAUAGUUCCAUCAGCAAGGAGUUUGUAUGGAGUUGCACUAGUGCUAAAAGAGUUACUUGUACUUCAGGCAUUAGACAAAGAAACAACUCUGAAUAAGUAUACCUGUCCUUUUGGAUUGAGAAAUCCAGCCCAUCCUUUUAUCAUAGUGCUGACAUAUCGUCCUGAAUGUUGGAAUAUUCUUCACCAACAGGUUUACAGUCUGUAUUAUCACACCGAUAACAGAGUGAAAUGUUUGACUACAAGAAUUUUAAAACCAUUCAUUCAGUAUGUUUUUCUGGAACCACAGCAGACACAGGCAUACCAACCCGCGAGGAAUGGGUUAGAGGAAAUAUUACUUAAUGCUUGUCAAGAUGGACCAGCUUGUGCUGAUGUUAUAAAAUUGUUGAUGGACAUUUUACCUGGACUUCAGACAAAAUCAACAGAAGAUUUGGGACGAUGUCUACAAUUCCUAACACAAUUAUUACAUGUAAUGAGCAGUAGACCAAGCUUUAAAACAGAUAAUGUGGUUGGACCAUUACUGCCAUUCUGCAUAUCACUCUUACAUCCCUGCCUGAAGAAAAAUCUCAACAUUACAAGUCUGUUACAAGAAAUAUUGAACCUUUUGGAAAAGCACAAAUCAAUUCCCUUCAAGGAAAACUGUUUAAUUAUAUUAGCCGACUUACUUAUGUUAAUUGGACCUGAUAUAACAGCCAAUGUUCUACUUAUAUGUAAAACAAUCAUAGAGAAAGAUAUUUGUUAUAUUGUUAGAGGAAUGUUAGUACUACCAGUAUUACAGCUAUUGUCAUCACCUACAGAACAAAGCAACUCAAAUCAUAUUCAAAACUUGGCAUCAAAUGUUUUAACAUUGAUUGUGGAACUACCAGUACAAAAUAUCCCAGAAGGUCAUGAGGUACCUUGUCAGUAUUUAAAUGGUGACAGUAGAGUUUAUAAUAUGUAUGUUAAUCUUGCACAUGAUUUUACUAAAGAUGUAAAAGCUGCUGUUGAUUGGCUUCAGAAUGUGAAAGAUUAUUUAACUAACCUUAAAUCUGUACCUUUAACACUAUCAAAUAUGGUAUGUGCACUGAUAGUGACAUCCAGCGAUCAGACAUGCAUACAGUUAAGUCUUACACUGUUGGUGGAAAUUGCCAAGAAAGAUAAUACUCAGUCUGCCAACUUUUUACCAUUGUUGCUGUAUCAGAUCGGUAAAGAGAAGGAUGCAGAGAUGAGAUUGAUAAUAUUGGACCACAUACCAGCCAUGGCUAGACACAAGGUGUGUAUUGGACCUAUAUUGAAGACCAUUCUGAUGAUUGGCAACUCAACUAAGUUACGUGCAGUGGCUAUACGAUUAUUGACACAACUUUGGCAACUUCAAGACAGAUGCUUCCCACAUUUAAUGAAGUUACUCACAGACAAGUCAAACACUUGUUUACAUUCAGAUGAUGUCAUAAUCGCUCAAGCAUCUGCUAUACGGCAUGUCUGUCAAUUACGGCCUGAGGUACAUGGGGAAGACUUGUUAUCACCUGUGUCAGAUAUACUAAAUAAAUGUUCUGAUAUUCAUAUGGCACCAGCUGCAGCUUUAGCUCUAGAAGCUUUGUAUAUGAUGUGUGAAGCUGAGGUUAUAGAUAUUAAGUCAGCGUGGUCUCUAUUAGCCGUUAAAUUAUCAACAGACACCAGGCCAGCCAUAAUAGAAAAAAUGUGUGAUUUGUUUGGACUUGUACCCAGUUUAUAUGUGAAUACACCAGAGUAUGAUCAAUUCAUGAAGAAUAUCUUGGAGAAGUUGUGGGUGUAUUGUCAAGAUACCAACCCAAUUAUUGUGGGUUCAUCUUAUCAAGCUUUAGCUUCCUACAGUUUAGACAACUUUUAUUUAGAUCAUUUACCGUAUAAUGUAACAAAAGAAAUUAGAAAAGAUAUAGAGAAAAAAGCCAAAGACCAUGAACAAGACACAGAACCAUAUUUUCAUAUACCUGUACCUUCUGUUUGUUAUUUGAAUAUCUUAAAAAGUCUAAAUCCAGACAUUUUAGAAGAUUUUGGAGUGUUUUUAUCUGGAAUAAUAGGUAGAGAAGUAGAUGAUUUACCUCGUGGUAUAUAUCAUUCUUCAACUCGUAGACAAACAGUUGUAUCUAACCAAGGCAAAGCUAUUAGUUCUAUACCAGCAUUUAUAUUAACACAAUACGAGAAGACCCGACAACCAGGAUUACGUCCAAGUUUAGCAGCUGGGUUGUUAUUCUGUUAUGAUCCAUCUAUAGAAGUAGGUCGAGAUGGUCGUCCACGUAGACACUAUGUCAUCAGUCAUGGCAAAAAUUAUCAACAAAUGUUUGAAACACUUUUACAUGAGGUUACAAUUCAACCGUCGGAAUGGCAUAGAUGCAUGUUAUUACCACAAGCUUGGACUUCAUUUGUAGAUCGAUUAUAUUCGGCGGUCAUAGAGAGUCGCAAGGUUGAAAUUGAACUGCAGGUGCGUCAAGGGAAUAUGGAAGAAGAGGAGGCCAAUGAGAAAAUAUCUACAAACUGGCUCUGGGUUCGUGAUAUACUGACGGAUAUUAUUAAAAAGACAUCUAGAGAAAGCCCAAGUGUGCAGGGUAAUUCAAUCCUCGCUUUAUCAGGUCUAGCAGUAGCUGUCAGUCGAGUUGUCAGUGGGCUGCAAGAUGAUGAUUUGGAAAAAGCAAAGAAAGUAUCACAGCACAUGAGUCAUUCAUGUUGGUUGAUGAUUGUCCUAGAUACGAUUAUGUGCUUAAUGGAUGUCGAGUAUAAAAGUAAAGGAGAUAUACUGGGCAUGUGUCAACAGAGAGAUGUAAAGGAGAAAAAGCCAGCCAGUCUAUUAGCAAGAACAUCAGCAUGUAUGGCAUUAACACAAUUAAUUCCUGUCAUGAUGACCUGUGAUACAGACAGAAUAUAUGACCUCAUCACUAGAUUUAUUAACAGUCUUCCUGGACGACCUAGUGUUGAUAAAGAUUCACCAGUUGCCCAAUUUUACCAUGGCCUAGCUUCGGGCAUGUUACUAAGUCGUCUUUUCGAAGAACAUUUUUCAGACAUUUGUGGUACAAAGGGUAUGACAGAAGUAUGGAAAGCCUUGUCAUUACUGGAAGAUUGUUGUUUGGAUUCUGAGCUAGAAAACAGAAAUGGAGCAUUGUUAGGACUGGGAUUGUGUAUAAGUGGAUUAUGUCAAGAUGGAAAGACAGAUUCAAGAGUUCACGUUAUAAAUAUACAAGAGAAAUUGAUGACUUUAUGUAAAUCAACUGAUACAGAUGAUAAAAGUUAUCAGGCGAUAUGUGUAGCACUAGCCUGUAUAUCUGGUUCAGCUUAUGAUACUAAUAUUAUACCUACAGAUCAGAUUAACUUGACAGUAGAAUUAUUAUACUGUAAAAACCAAGAAUACAAACAGGUAACAGGUGUGAGUUUAGCACUUGGAAUGCUGUGUUAUAGUUUAGAUAAAAUAGGACAUCCUUCCAUAGGCAAAUUACGACAAGAACUUUCUAGUACAUGGUCAAAAGCUCUGACAUCAGAGGAGACGUGCCCUAUGGAGAAGGUGGCCAUUUUGAAUGGGUUAUUGGCAAUUAUCGGUUCAGAGAGGACUUUGAUUCCUAUACAGACAUCAACAGGAUUAUCAGGAAUUGAUAGUAGCACCAAUGAUAUCCUGAAACUAACUUCUCAGAUUGUCACUUCUUCAAAAGAUAUUGGUUUACAGACUAAUGCUGCAUGGAUGUUGGGACAUCUUUAUUUAUCAGCAUGUGCUGUAGCAGAAACUAGAGCCAGUGUUUCUCCAAAUUACAAGUACUUAAAAGAGACAAGUCUACUUAGAGCUGUUGUUGAUUUUCUUCUUGAAGCUGGAAAAUAUGGCCCAGAAACGGUAACAAACCAACAGUUGAAGAUUGCGUUGAGUUCUUUACAAGAUGAAGUUUCACGUCUGCUUCCACCACUAAAUUGGGUUGGAGUUCUCUCCCCUAUUAUGCGAUUAGAAUAUGAAGCAAAAAUAAAAUAUCUAUGUCUGAAGCUAGCCAUUUCACAGUGUAUAUCAGCUCCAACAGCAUCAACAUUUUUAUCCUCAUGGAUGACUCCACCACUGUUUGAAUCUUUACCUGAUGAAUGUAAGGUUUUACUGUACACAUCUUUACCAUUAAUGAUAAAAUCAUUAGCAGUAUCAGUUGUGAAGACAUUUGUUGAGAAAUGUUGUAUGUUACCAUUUAAUACAAGUGGUAAUAUACCUUUUGGUGUGGCUGUAUUAGAUGGUAUGAAUAAAGCUCUGUUAGUACAAGACCCUCCGAAAUCUGUAACAUCUAUAUUAUAUGAUGCCACGUGUAGAUUUUAUAAAAACCUGCCAGAGAUUAUACAUGUACCAUUAUUAUCAAACAUGGCUAAAUGUUUUUUAAGUAUCCCAGAUGAUUUGUUUGAUACAUGGACUCAAGAUGAUCUAUACAACCAGAAGACUUUUGUAAAAGGAGUUUUUAUUCGUUGUCAACUUGUAGCAUUUGGAAGACAACCAAUAGCUAUUCUAAAUAGCUGUUUAGAUGCUACAAUAAAUAAUAAAGAAUGUGAUCGAACUGUGAUAUUCAAUAUUGUCAGUCAUUGUUUCUAUUCUGUUAACUUAUGUAAAUCAGAGUUAACUGGUCCUAUGAAUCAAUUACAAUGGUUACUGGAACUGCUUGGUCAUAUUAGAAAUUUAGCAAUAGGAGUUAUUAAAUUAGAAAAUACAGCACCACCAUUAAAACAGGCUGUGGAGUUUAUUAUAGGUAUAGCCUCUGCUGCUAUAUCUUUGUGGACAAGCUGUACAACUAGUUAUAUGAUUGGUAUUAAAGCUAAUCUGUUAUUAUAUGAUGAUAAUCUUACUAUAGAUAAUGAUGUAGAUAUAGAUGUUAUAUCUUUAUCUAGAUGUUUACAAUGUUUACCUAUAGUAAUCUCUCAUCUUAAAACUGAACCCUGGCUUCAAAUACUACCUAAGGUGAUUGACUGGAUGAUGACCAUGAUCCAACUUCCAGAAGAAACUCUAUCAACACAAGUAAAACAGACAUUAAAAGAUUCUUUGUACAGCUUAAGAGAUAGUGAAGAAUUUAAAAAAGCUUCUGUAUGGACAAAUGUUUUUACAGUUUAGAUGAAGAAGUGCUGAUUUUAAUAUAAUAAAUGAUGUCAAACUGUCAUAGUCAUUCAAAGUGAAGAUAAGAGCAAGAUUUGAACCAAAAUCUACCCCAACAUAGACUGAAUUUUUCAAGUCUGAAAUACUGAGAUAUUAAUUAGUGCUUAACACAAGGUACCAAAUGACAUAGUCAAAGUAUCCUGAUCGAAGUGUAACUGUGUAUUCAUAAAAAUGUAACAUAUUAAAAUAUUUUCAGUUACUAAAUGCCUACCGAAAAAGUUAUUGAUUUCUUAUCAUAGACGUACUGGACCCUGUAUUAUAAGGGGGGAAUGUAAAAAAGUAAAAAAAAAAAUAGUACUUUUGCCCGAGAAACAAAUCUCCUAAUACUGCUCGAAAACAUUGAAUAUUGUCUGAUAUAUUGCAUCAAUGGACAGCCCCCUUGAUUCCCUGUCUGGUUCUUAAACUUCUUAUAUAGGUCAAUGUUUGAUCAGAUGUAGCGCUUUAAUGAUCAAAAAUUUCAAGAACAGGGCUAUAAGAAAUUCACUUAAAUAGUUUUGGUAACCAGAGAGUUUUGGAAAAAUUGUAUAUUUUUGGUGAAAAAAACAUUUUACCACACCUUAAAGUGAAGACUGCUACCUUGAUUACUAUGCUUUAUUAAUAAAUAAAUAACAUUA